CGAGCGUUCAAAGUGUGGAGCGACGUGACCCCCCUCACCUUCACCCAGAUAUACAGCGGCGAGGCGGACAUCAUGAUCAUGUUCGGCAGCGGAGGUUACAGCAUCUUCCUGGUGGCUGCCCACGAGUUCGGGCACUCGCUGGGGCUGGACCACUCCAGCGUGCGGGAGGCCCUGAUGUACCCCAUGUACAGAUAUGUCCAGGACUUCCAGCUGGACCCAGAUGACGUUCAGGGCAUCCAGUACCUCUAUGGUCAUGGCUCUGGCCCCGAGCCCACCGCCCCUGCGCCCGUGCCUACCGAGGAGCCCCAGCCCAUGCCCACAGAGGCCGGCAGCACCUCCACCACCGAGGAGGAGGAAGAGACGCCGGAGCCCACGGCCGAGUCCAUCCCUGUGGACCCCAGCCGGGACGCCUGCAUGGAGAAGAACUUUGACGCUAUCACGGAGAUCAACGGGGAGCUGCACUUCUUCAAGGAUGGGAAAUACUGGACCCGCUCGUCCUUCUGGAAGUCGGGCAUCCAGGGCGCCUUCUCCAUCGCGGACACCUGGCCUGGCCUCCCGGCUGUCAUCGACGCCGCUUUCCAGGACGUGCUCACCAAGAGGGUCUUCUUCUUCGCCGGUCGGCAGUUCUGGGUGUUUUCUGGCAAGAGC